CACCACUAUAAAUAUAUCCCUUCACUCUCAACCAGAGAGGGUAGCCGCACCACACCUGAAACAGAGGCAGCCCUUUUGGGCUGCUCUCUCUCUCUCCUCUCCUCCUCCUCCAUUUUUCAUAAUAGUUUUAGUUUUCUUUUGGGUAUUCAUAGAAUUUCUCACACAAGAUUCAAGGAUCUAUCAAAAGGCUUAACCUCUACAAGAUUCAAAAAUUGGGUGCAUAUUUCUUAUCAUAUUGAGUUAUGGAUCAAUGGAGCUAUGGAUGGGAUGACCCAAGGGGAUAUGAGCAAGGAAGUUUCUAUGGUGGAGGUCAUCAAGUGUGGAAUUCUCAUGUGAUCGGUUCUAUGUCUUCUUGCAAUGAAACUUGUGCUUUGUGUAAUUCUCCGUGGCAUUCAUCUUUUGAGUGCUCUUUGAGAUUUGAAUGCCCAAAUUUUAUGCAAGAGUGUGAGUACGGGAUGGGCAUGUAUCAAGAGACAUUUGUACCCGAUGCAUAUCCACAAGAAGAAGCUUAUGAGCCUAGUAAGGAAUUCGUUAAAGGACUACUAGCUCAAUUGCAAGCCUCCCGAGAUAUUUUACAAGCCUCUCAAGUUAGGAUUUCACAAGAGACCAUGGUGUCCGAAGGAUAUCCUCAUGAGCAAGCGUAUGAGUCUAGGAAGCCUUCUCUUGAAGAAUUGCUAGCUCAAUUGCAAGCGUCCCAAGCUCGAUUGCAAGCUUCUCAAGAAAUACUUAUACAUACCAAUGAGCAACUUGAGACCAGUCUUGCACAAGAGCCACCCUUCACCAUUUAUGAGCAUAAAUCUUUCUUUGACCAAGUGGAGCCUAUUUCAAGAGAAGAAGUGUAUAUCGAGCAUCUUGAGUAAGAAUCCUUUAUGCAAGUUGAGAAUGAUGAUAGUGAUGUUGAUGUACAAGAAA